UUUUGUCAAAAUAGAAAUUGAGAUUUGCCAAAAUGUCAUGUCAAUUUAAUUUUAAUUCAAUAGAUUUCCGUAUGUAAAAGAUCAUAUGUUACCAAUUACAUUGAUUUGGCUCUCAACGUUAUUUUCUAACCUUUCGGCCUCUAUAUAUAUCGCCCAAUAACUAUAUGAAUUAAGUUCUAGUAAAUUAUAGUUGAUUCGGCAGUAUUCAGAAGUGACUCCAGGUAUAAGGUUUAUGGCUUUAUUGUGAACUUAAGUUGUGAUGCGUUUAAAUCCAAAUAAGAAGACACCACCAUUUUCUAUUCUUGUCGCAUAUAUGAUGAAAAUAAUCAGUCUAAAGGCAAAUUAUGUCAUUAAACUAUGCCUUUGCAUUUUCAUUGUUCCUUCUUCUACUUGUAGGCCUUAAUCUUUACUUUUUUUACGCCUUAAAUACAACAGGAAAAAGGCCCUCACCAUAUAUGGUACCCAAUGUUAAAUUAGAUUUAGGACCAAGUGUUUUUAAAGACAUAUUUACAUAUUUCAACUAUUUACCUAAUCAAUACAAAACAAGAAAUCCUAAAUUUAUAGAAAAACAGAAAUACCUUAUAAGCCUGUUUAACUCUAGUGCGGACUCAAAUUCAAAAGAUGUUUUGUAUGAAACUGAAAAGUGGGUCAGUGAUGAGUCUUUAUUCCCACAUACAAAUGGAGCACCGGGUCACAUCCUGCAUGCAAUACAAAACUCACAGAUAGCCCUGGUUGAUAAUGCACCCAAAGGAACACAGCUGAAACUAUUACUAUUAUUAGAGGGUAAACAAAAACUUUACUUUAAGCCAAAGAGAUAUGAACUAGAUAAUGUAAUAAAAGGCAGAAUUUAUGCUGGUUAUGAUCGACAUAACUCUGAAGUGUUUGCUUACUAUUUAGCAAUGGUGUUAAACUUCAAAUGGAUUGCACCUUCCGCUAUAAGAAAGAUUCACAUUGAAAAAGAUGUAUUGCCAAAGGCAACAUUAGGAUUAAGUAAAACUAUGGUUAAAAAUGAAAGUGGUUCAACUUGUAUUUAUGGAAAAUGUUUUUAUUGUAAAAGAAAUGAAACAGUGUGUCCUGAUGUAAAUGGUGAGAUAGAAGGAGCCGCUAUAUUAUAUUUAGACAGACAGUUUAAAAUUCACAAAUCUCCCUGGCGUAGAUCUUAUAAUACUAAAAAAAUGGAAUGGGAAGAGGAUAAUAAUUUUUGUAAGAAAGUUAUAGGAACCUUGAGUUUAAGGAGGAUUUUAAAUCUGAUAGAUGUGGCGAUAUUCGAUUUUUUAAUACAAAACGGCGACAGACAUCGUUAUGAAGUAUAUAAAGAUCAAAUAGUUUUGUUAGACAAUGGCAAAGGUUUGGGAAACCCAACAGUAGAUGAAUUGGAUAUUCUAGCGCCACUCUACCAAUGUUGCAUGUUAUCUUCAAAAACAUGGCAAAACUUAGAAUUGUUGUCUGGUGGUAGUUUAUCAGAGACAAUAAAACUCUUGGCAGGGUAUCAAGGAAGUAAAUUAGCUACAGAAGAACACUUUAAGGCGGUGGAUCGACGACUUAUGAAAGUUUAUGCCGCCGUGCAAUACUGUACAGCCAAAUACGGAAGCACAAAAGUAUUCAAAAAAAUAUAACUCAAUUUUAGAUUUAAUUUAAUACUCAAAAUAAGUUUAUUAUUGUUACUACGAAAUUACUAAAUUGUGGAAGGUAAAACCUAUUGUAUAGGUCUACAAGGAUCUUGCGGCAUCUUUUUGAUAUUGAAAAGGGGGCGCCUACGAGCAUUUAGGGUUACCAG